CGGGCGGCUGUUGAGAGGAGGGAGGAGAGAGAGGCAGGCAGACACCGACCACAGCAGCUCAGCAACACCCGCAGCAUGACCAGAAACCUCCACUGCGAAAGGACCUGACCGCUUUGACACAGAAGGCGCUCCUGUUGACUGUUGUUCCAAGCUGACAAGACAUACAUUUCACAGCCGAGGAGGACGACUCAACUUCAGAAAGAAAGUGGUCUCCGACUGUGAGCUUCACAACAUUGAUCAGAAGACAUGGUGGACACCCAGCAGCUCCUAGCCUGGCCUGUGGGAUUCAGUCUGAGUGCCGUGGACUUGUCAGAGCUGGACGACAGCUCCCACUCUCUCGAAAUGAAGCAUCUGUCCACGUUAGACUACUCCUCCAUCUCCUCCCCCUCCAUCCCUUCCUCAAUGUCCCCCCCACUCAUUUCCUGCAUUUCCUCCGCCGGGGUGGCCUAUGACCCCAGUCCACCGCAGCGCGAAGAACACCUGACCAACAUGGACUACACCACCAUGCACAGCUACAGGGUGGAGCAGGACAUGCACAACUCAAUCAAGCUGGAGCCAGAGUCGCCUCCUCAGUACCCCGACAGUCAAGUGUUCUCAAAGCUCCAGGACGACAUGUCAGCAACAGCGCUGAACAUUGAGUGUCGUGUCUGUGGAGACAAAGCGUCUGGGUUUCACUACGGCGUCCAUGCCUGCGAGGGAUGCAAGGGUUUCUUCAGACGCACAAUCAGGUUAAAGUUGGUGUACGAUCACUGUGACCUCCACUGCCGCAUACACAAGAAGUCUCGUAACAAAUGCCAAUACUGUCGCUUCCAGAAGUGCCUCAAUGUCGGCAUGUCACACAACGCCAUUCGUUUUGGCAGAAUGCCGCAGGCAGAGAAGGAGAAACUUCUGGCUGAGUUCUCGUCUGACAUGGAGCACAUGCACCCGGAGGCAGCAGAUCUGAGGUCUCUGGCUCGACAUCUGUACGAGGCCUAUCUGAAAUACUUCCCCCUUACCAAGGCCAAGGCCAGGGCCAUUCUCUCUGGGAAGACUGGAGAUAACUCACCUUUUGUCAUCCAUGACAUGAAGUCUCUGAUGGAAGGGGAGCAGUUUAUUAAUUGUAGACAGAUACCAAAUCAAGAGCAGCUGCAGCCGAUGUCCCCUCUCACAGCUGGACUAGGAGUUUCGGGUCUACCAGCAGCUCACCCAGGCUUAGAGAAUGCCAUUGCAGACGCUGUGGAGCUGCGUUUUUUCCAGAGCUGUCAAUCACGCUCAGCUGAAGCCGUUAGAGAAGUGACAGAGUUUGCCAAGAGUAUCCCAGGAUUCAUCGAAUUGGAUCUCAAUGAUCAGGUUACCUUACUAAAAUAUGGUGUGAUUGAGGUCUUAAUCAUCAUGAUGGCGCCCCUGAUGAACAAAGACGGGACCCUGAUCUCAUAUGGACAAAUCUUCAUGACACGGGAGUUCCUCAAGAGUCUCAGAAAACCCUUCUGUCAAAUGAUGGAACCAAAGUUCGAGUUCUCAGUCAAGUUCAACACGCUGGAGCUGGACGACAGUGACAUGGCGCUGUUUCUGUCUGUCAUUAUCCUCAGCGGAGACCGUCCAGGCCUGCUCAACGUGAAGCCCAUCGAGCAGCUCCAGGAGACGGUGCUUCACUCGCUGGAGCUGCAGCUGAAACUAAACCACCCGGACUCUCUGCAGCUGUUCGCAAAGCUGCUCCAGAAAAUGACCGACCUGCGUCAGAUCGUCACUGACCAUGUGCACCUCAUCCAGCUGCUGAAAAAGACGGAGGUGGACAUGUGCUUACACCCACUGCUGCAGGAGAUCAUGAAGGACUUGUAUUAAAUUUUAACCGCAGAAAUGGACAACCAAAGAGAUGUGGGAAGAAAAUAAUAGAACGGGGAGAGAAAGAGAUUUUAUUUUUGAAAUCAGGGUUUAUGAAAUGAGACAAGAAUGCACAAAAAAAGGGAGGUCAGCCAACUGAAAAUUAGAAAGUGAAGGGGAAGAACAGAAAAAAAGAAAUCCAGGAAAGGAGAAACUGAAUCUGAGUGUUUAAUCUUGUCUAGACAGCUACAUGUGAAUAAGUUGGUGUGCAAAGUCAUUUAGCAACUGCUGAGCCUGGACAUUUUGUGAAUGAGUCGGCUAUCAAGUAAAACAAGAAACAUCAUCCAUAUGCACCAAUCAGGAAGAGCAUCUGUGACUUACUGAAAGAACGGGGGACUUUCUUUUUAGCAAGCUUAAAAUGAUGAACACAGCACACACUUCAGGAGGUGAAACGUGUCAUUGUGAAUACUUUACCCCAAGUACAGUGCCAUGUGUAGCUUAUCUGCACACACACAUUACGUUACAACUGUCAUAGGCAGCAGCAGCAGUAGCAGUGUGUGCAUGCCUCAAAAAACCUCUGUGAACACGCACAAAUGCAUGAUCGCUCAUGUAUACACAUUCUCUGUUUUGCCAUCAGGGAGGAAGGUGCUAUCUCUUUUUAAAUCAGCUAAUCCAAAAACAGAAAUCAGAUUAUUGCCUUUUACAUAUUUUAGACUCAGCCACCUGCAGAAACUGUGAGAACGUAUGAUGCACACCAGAGGCACAUCUUUGUCCUGAUGAUAAACAUAAAAACAGUAUGUGCCAUAUUGUGCCUUUAAGAUUUGCUGUUUGACUUUGGUGUGGAAGAAAUGCCAUUUAAAAUACAUUAUAUACAUAACUAAUGUGUAAUGUAUGAUAAGUCUUUGUAUAUAUUAUUUAAAUGGUUAAAAAUGUCAAACACAAUUUGCUUUUUAGCUUUAAUUUGUAUUCAAAUUCUUUAAAAGAGGUCUGAGUUUUACUAUGAAAUUAUUUUGUACACAUGCAAAGUGUCUCCUGUGUCUGAUCAAUCAGAUUUUGUUUUCAAGGGAGGGUCUGCUUACAAAAGGGAUUGAAUUUAUUACACGGGGCCGGGGAGGGGGGCAUCAUUUUUUGUAAAUAAAAUAUUUUCUAACUUUUUAUUU